AGAUAUAGCCUGAGUUGGAACCACUGAAGAAGAAGCGGAAGAGGAGGCGUGUCUGUGACGUCACGCGGGUACCGUCCAGAAUCACUAUGGCGGAAAGAAACAUGCCUAACAUCAAGAUCUUCAGCGGCAGCUCGCACCAGGAUCUGUCUCAGAAGGUCGCGGAUCGCCUCGGGCUGGAGCUGGGGAAAGUGGUGACGAAGAAGUUCAGCAACCAAGAGACGUGCGUGGAGAUCGGAGAGAGUGUGCGUGGAGAGGAUGUGUAUAUAGUCCAGAGCGGCUGUGGAGAAAUCAAUGAUAACCUGAUGGAGCUCCUGAUCAUGAUAAACGCCUGCAAGAUCGCAUCGGCCUGUAGAGUCACAGCGGUCAUCCCCUGCUUCCCUUACGCCCGGCAGGACAAGAAGGACAAGAGUCGGGCGCCCAUCUCUGCCAAGCUGGUGGCUAACAUGCUGUCUGUGUCUGGAGCAGACCACAUCAUCACCAUGGACCUGCAUGCAUCUCAGAUACAGGGCUUCUUUGACAUCCCAGUGGAUAACUUAUACGCUGAGCCUGCCGUGUUGAAGUGGAUCAAGGAGAACAUCCCCGAGUGGAAGACCUGCACCAUCGUGUCUCCUGAUGCUGGAGGAGCCAAGAGGGUCACCUCCAUUGCAGACCGGCUCAAUGUUGACUUCGCUCUCAUUCACAAAGAAAGGAAGAAGGCCAACGAGGUGGACCGCAUGGUUCUGGUGGGAGACGUGAAGGACCGCGUGGCUAUAUUAGUGGAUGACAUGGCCGACACCUGCGGCACCGUCUGCCACGCUGUUGAUAAGUUAAUCUCCGCAGGAGCGGUUAAAGUGUAUGCCAUCCUCACCCACGGCAUCUUCUCCGGUCCAGCCAUUUCUCGUAUCAACAACGCCUGCUUCGAGGCUGUGGUGGUGACCAACACCAUCCCUCAGGAGGAGAAGAUGAAGCACUGUCCCAAAAUCCAGGUCAUUGAUAUCUCCAUGAUCCUGGCCGAGGCCAUCCGCCGGACCCACAACGGAGAGUCUGUGUCAUAUCUCUUCAGUCACGUGCCGUUAUAACCUCAUCCAUCUGUUCCUGAGCGGAGGACUGUCCAGACCGGCUCCACGCUGAUUCAGAUUCAGUCCUGAUGAACACACAGCUUUACUUCACGCUUCUGCUCUGUACAGUGCAUCCUUCACACAAAUCCCACUUUUAUUCCACUUUCAGGAUUUAGUUUUUUAAUAACUCUUGAUAUGGACAUUGCUAUUAAAAAAAUAAAUCAUUUUGGUAGCGUUAUGCCAUUCUGUUCCCCCUCAGAUCGCUCGUCUGUGUUGAUUUCAUUUGAAUGAUCUCUGUUUCAGAGACUAGGAUCAAUCCAGUAUUAAACUCCUCUGGCUUUA